AUGUCGACAAUUACCACCACAUCCACCAUAUCCUCAUCCAUAAACAAAGUUAUUAAUGAUAACGAGCAAAAUAAUAACGAACUAGUUUCGUUAAGUUCUCACUCGAAAUAUGAUGAUGGUUUCAGAGAAAGAUUUAAUCAAAACAUGGAUAAUAAAUUUGCACUUCAAAGUACCAUUAAUAAAAGAGCGGCGAAUCCAAAUAAAACCAACGCGAAAGGUCUAACGUACUACAUUAUGAAUCCUAGUGAUUUACGAGAAGAUUAUCCAGUCUGGCAUUAUUUUUAUCUUUGCACGCUGAUAUUUGGAGCAUUUAUUACUUUAUUCAUUGUACCUGUCGUAUUCGGUAUGUUGGCGGCAAUUGGCGGUAUUGGGACUCCACUUGUUUUAUCAAUCGUUGGAAGUUUUUUCGGUCUUUUCCUUGGAGCUGUAUUUGGCGUUGUAUUCGCAGUAGUUUGCAUUAUUUUCUUGAUGAAAUCUCUUGGUUUUGCUGCCGAAUGGAUUUUGGAUGUUCUUUCUAAUGGUGGUAAUGAUUUAGUUGAAAUUACCAAAGAGCAAUUUAUCCAAUUUGUUAAUAACUCUCCAUCUCAAUAA